AUGUUAACACGUCGCUCGACGCAGCCGGGGAGGGCUGCAGAGCGGUGCGUGUUAACGGUCGAGAGGUGGGGGGUGGCCGCAUUGUGCUACGGCGGCGCGUCGGGUCCUCUGUUGGAGCCUUGGGCGCGGCCGGUCGGCUGUAUGUUUCGGUUGUUGCGAUUCUUUGCGGUUGGGCCACCGCCGCCGUUUCAAUUUGCUAAUAGUUUGUGCAACAUAACUUCUGGGAAUCUGAGUACAGAAUGGCAAAAGUGGAAGACUGCAUUCAACAUCUACUAUGAAGCUUGUGAAUUAUCCAACAAAAACAAGAAAACGCAAGUUAACAUUUUGCUACAUAUUGUUGGCGAGAAAUGUCGAGAAGUAGCGGCACAAUUUAAUGAACAGUGGAAUACGGUGGAUGAGUUAUUAAAAAAGUUUGAUGACUUUUUUAUACCAAAGAAAAAUUUGGCAGUGGAACGCCAUAAGUUUUUCAAGAGGGACCAAAGGGAGUUAGAAUCUGCAGAACAAUACGUUUUUGAAUUAAACAAGAUGGCGGUCCAGUGUGAAUUUAAAGAUUUACGUGACGAUCUUGUCUGUAGCAGGUUGAUAUGUGGCAUAAGGGAUAUAGCCCUAUCCGAAAGAUUAUUACGUGAACCAGACAUGAUGUUAGAAAAAGCAAUCGAAAUAUGCAGAUUGGCGGAAAUGUCGCGUAUGCAAGCAAGGAACAUCAAGGAAAACCAAGAAUAUGACGUAUCCGGUGCUCAAAGUGUCAACAACUAUAAGUCACUGUGUCGUAAACAAAUUGCAAUUAAAAUUGGCUCGAGAUUACAUUUCGCCACAUAA